AUGGAUAUUAAAACGAAAGAACAAUACAUACAGUUACUAUGUGCUGCAUAUUGGAUAGUCUCAUAUAUCAUACUACCAUCACUUUCUACGGGACUUCUAUUCUAUGUUGCUUUGUUUACUGGUUAUUCACAUCUAGCAUUCCUAUACAUGAUUUGGGCAUUCUACGACAAAGAAACUCCCUUUAGAGGAGGCCGCAAGAUAUCAUUUCUCAGGAAGAUUUCAUUUUGGAAAUAUUUUAUAGAUUACUUUCCCAUUAAACUUAUUAAAACUGCAGAUCUGAAUGGAGAUAAGAAUUACAUAUUCUGUUAUUACCCUCAUGGUGUUCUUCCUGCUGGAAUAUUUGGAUGUUUUGGGAAUGAGCUCUCUUCUUGUAAGGAAUUGUUUCCAGACUUAAAUAUGCAUUGUACAACUCUUGAUAUAAAUUUUAAUGUCCCAUUUUACAGAGAAUGGUGCAUGGGUAUCGGAGGGAUAUCCAGCUCAAAAGAAAGUAUAAAGUAUAUUUUGGAUGAUAAAAAAAAAGGUAAUGUUGCCGUCAUUGCUGUUGGAGGAGCCUCAGAAUCAUUCUUUGCAACACCAGGACCGUACCGAAUAAUAUUGAAGAAUAGAAGAGGUUUUGUCAAAAUAGCAUUAGAACAGGGGGCUAAUUUAGUACCAGUAUUUGGUUUUGGUGAAAUUGAAUUAUUUAAACAAAAUAACCCUCCAGGCUCAAUGCUGUAUAAAAUUCAAGUUAUGGUGAAGAAAUAUUUCGGAUUUGCCCCUCUAAUGCCACUGGGCCGAGGAAUAUUCAUUAAUAAAGGUCUUGCACCAUACAAUACACCAAUAAAUGUAGUUGUCGGCAAGGCGAUAGAAGUACCUAAAAUCAUUGAUCCGAGCAAUGAGGAUAUAGAAAAGUAUCAUUCCUUAUUUUCUGAAGAAUUGGUCAAUCUCUUUAAUGAAUAUAAGGACAAAUAUACUGAAAAUGGAGAACUAGUAAUACAAUAA